ACCCUAAAUCUGAGUUACCAAAAUGCCCUUUUAAAGCUCAAGAAUUUGAGAGUAUAUCCUAUGUUGGUGCCUCUUCAAUUCCCAGUUGUUUUUCCCAGAAGUGGAGAGAGAGAGAGAGAGAGAGACCGACCUAGAGAGAGAAGUCACCAUUUAAGACCCCAUUGUACAUUGGUGUUCGUUAAAACCAUCCUCAGUUUACCCUUUACAAACCCUAGAUCUUAUAAAUCCAAAUUUCCCUUUACAAACCCUACGCCACUGAGUUUUCACUGUGCGUUGUUCACAAGCACAGUCUAAAAAGGGCUUUUCGUCAAACCCCAUUUUGCAGAUCUGAUUCAAUUGGGGUCGCGGCUAAAUUCUUCUGUAGCUCGUUAUCGAAUUGUCAGAAUUUGUGUUCUUGAUUUAUCGGUUGUGAUUUGAGGAUAUACGACUGUAUAUGCGGUUUUAGUGUUUUUUUCUGGCUAGAAGAUUCUCAUGGCUAUGCCAUCGGGAAAUGUGGGCGUACCGGAUAAAGUUUCGUUUCAGAGUGGUGGUGGCGGUGGAGUUGCGGUGAGUGGUGGCGGUGGCGAGAUCCAUCAACACCACCCCCGCCCCUGGUUUCCUGAUGAGCGUGAUGGGUUUAUCUCAUGGUUGCGAAGUGAAUUUGCUGCUGCGAAUGCAAUGAUUGAUGCCCUUUGCCAUCACUUGCGUGCUGUGGGAGAGCCUGGGGAGUAUGAUGUGGUUAUUGGGUGUAUACAGCAGCGGCGGUGUAAUUGGACACCCGUGAUUCAUAUGCAACAGUACUUUUCAGUGGCAGACGUGAGCUAUUCCCUUCAGCAAGUCAUUUCAAGGAGGCAACAGAGGUAUAUCGAUCCCGUAAAAGUGGGGCCGAAGUUCUAUAGGAGACCUGGGCCAGGGUUUAAGCAGCAGCAGCAGCAGCAGGGCCAUAGGAUUGAAGCCACAGUCAAGGAAGAGAUGGUCACUUGUGCAGAGUCAUGUAAUGGUGGGAAUUCUUCAAGUUUUGUAGGCUCUAGGAAGGUGGAGCACGUAAGUAAUACGUGCGAGGACAGUAAGGCAUCGGGCGAUGAUGAAAAUUUGAACGACAAAGAUUCAGGGUCAGCUGCGGACAGAAAAGAUACUCAUGGGAAGGACCAAAGUAAUAGCAAACCGAAGUGUGCAGAACAUUUAGAAGAUAAUGCAAGUAAUAAAGAAUCUCACGUUGAACCUACUGACGAUGGAUGUUCUUCAAGUAAUAGAAAUAAGGAGUUGCAAUCUGUUCAAAGCCAGAACGGAAAGCAGUAUGCUGCGACAACCCCGAGAACCUUUGUUGCCAAUGAGAUGCUUGAUGGGAAGAUGGUUAAUGUGAUGGAUGGAUUGAAAUUGUUCGAAGAUUUUUUGGACGAUGCUGAGGUUUCAAAGCUUCUUUCGUUGGUGAACGAUUUGAGAGCUUCUGGAAAGAGGGGGCAAUUUCAAGGUCAGACAUAUGUGGUCUCAAAAAGACCCAUGAAGGGACAUGGGAGAGAGAUGAUCCAACUAGGCUUUCCCAUUGCAGAUCAUCCUCAUGAUGAUGACAACUCUUCAGGGCUCGCAAAAGAUAGAAGAAUAGAAUCCAUCCCGUCGUUGCUUCAAGAUCUCAUCGAUCGCUUGGUUGGAGAGCAAAUGAUGUCAGUGAAACCAGAUUCCUGCAUCAUUGACUUUUAUAACGAGGGUGAUCAUUCUCAGCCUCAUGUCUGGCCACCAUGGUUUGGAAGGCCCGUUGGUGUCCUCCUUCUGACUGACUGUGAAAUGACCUUUGGUAGAGUAAUUGGUACAGACCAUUCUGGCAACUAUAAAGGGGCUAUGAAGCUGUCUCUUGUACCCGGAACCCUUCUUGUUGUGGAAGGAAAAUCUGCAGAUUUUGCUAAGCAUGCAAUUCNAGAUAGUGAUGCAUUCAGAUGA